AUGCCAAAACGUCUGAGGGGAAAUUCACCGUCAGAUUCGGCAUCCACGAAGCGGAUUCGAGAUGUGACGACUCCCAUCGAUCGCCUAUCUUCUUUGAGCAAUGAGCUUUUAUUGCAUAUCCUUUCCUUUCUGCCUAUAUCAUCAUUGAAUGUGUGUCAAAGAUUAUCCCACCGAUUUCACGCUCUUGGUGGAGACUCUGAACUCUGGAAGCGACAGUACUACUCACAGUGGGUGCGACCUCGUGCUCGUCGUUUAGCUAGUGCAAGACUCUCGACAUUACCAGCUAGAGCAGAGUAUUCUCCUAGAGUUUCCACCUGGCUUGAUCACAGCCAUCUGGCUGAAGAGGGUAAGGUGACCAAUUGGAAACGACAAUAUCGCCUACGGCACAAUUGGUCCAAUGGGUCCUGCCGAGUGACCGAAGUCGAAUUUCUCGAACCACCAUACCCUCCCGUGCUGGUCAAACUCUGUGCGGGCAUUGUCUUCACCGCUGAUGCUGCUUACGGACUUAGAGCGUGGGCCGCAAAAGACCCAACCAGCUGCUUGUCUAGUAUCUCAUUUUCGGAUUCAAAAGUUUUCACGACUCGCCCAACCUCCUUGGCAGUCAGUCAGCUACCAGAUGGGCAAGAAAUAGUAGUGGGAUUUGAGACUGGCCGAUUUAACCGUUACGUAUAUGACGUUCAGACAUGCCGGCUGGGCCUGCGAUCCUCUCACGUUGGAUUCAGGGAUGGUGCCAUCACUGCCAUGGCCUUGUCCUCGCCUUACCUCCUGAUGGUCUCUCAGCAUAAGAUUCUUUCUUUGUAUAACCUCCGCACUCGUUCCACUGGGAAGUCUCAAGAUGCCUUAGGACCGUGUGAAAUUGCGUCCCUCCAAGCGGAGAACAUGGUGGCCCCAAUGACCCUCUCUCUCCGUGUUUCGACAUUUGAGAUUGUGACCACCAUUGUCUACAGUUUCUAUCACAUUGGGUGUGGGUGGUCGUUAGGGAUUCAAGAGCUGCGGUUCAAUAAAGAUGGUCAACAAUUGGAGUCCCGACUUACCACUACGGUAGACUCCCAGUACGGCAUUCGUCCACUCCAAAGUCUUCCAUCCAAUAAACGCCGGCAGUCCGCCACCACUGACCCGAUCUAUUCUUCUGCGGCCGCCCCCACCGAACCAUCCAUAUUGCACCAGCAGCCGCCAACAUCCAUGUCCUAUUCCCACCCAUAUCUGCUAACAUCCCACGCGGAUAACACUCUGACCAUGUAUCUGCUUGUCUCAAAUUCCAACAGUCUUUUUGUUCGAGGUGGCCGACGACUCUGGGGCCACACGUCUUCAGUAUCUACAGUCCAAGUGACCAAUCGAGGGAAGGCAGUCUCCGUGAGUUCACUGGGUAAUGAGAUUCGAAUUUGGGAGCUUGAAACAACUGUUCCCUCAUUGGGCAGUCGCAGACCCUUAAAAGAAGAGAGCAGUAUUCAAGUCAGUCCUGAUAAUCGGCAACUGGAAAACAAAUUGGGUUCCAAAGGCCUAGCACAAGAGAUCGGUGGAUUGGAUGUUGUUUCCACCACACAUGGCUGUAUGCAUGAAUGUGUUGGAUUCGAUGAGGAGCGAGUGCUCCUGCUCCGAAAGAAGACGGUCGGCACCCAACUGCUAGAAUGUUAUGAUUUCACAUAA